UAUAAGCUUUCCACAUUGCACCUACCAAACCAAGUCCGCAUGUAUACUUACAUUCACUCAAAUAACCAACAGCUUGUAAACUCCAAUGAGAUCUCAUUACUACUACUGCUACAAGUUCAUAAUUCUUCUACUUGUUUUCGCUAUACCUUUCUCGGUGCUAUGGUGGAAACAGCUGACAAGGAAAAACAAAAAAGAGGGAACUGGGAAAUGGAGAUUACCACCAGGUCCUAGAAGGAUACCUUUAAUUGGAAAUUUGCACCAGCUUGGUGGUGGCGCACUACAUGCAUCACUUAAGAAGCUUUCAGAAGAAUACGGACCUCUGGUGUUUCUUAAACUCGGCUCAAUUCCAACUUUGGUAGUCUCAUCACAGGAUAUGGCGAAAGAGAUACUCCAAACACAUGAUCUUGUGAUUCCAAACAGACCCAUGUUUUAUGCUCCCACGAAAAUUUCUUAUGGUGGUUCUGAUAUUGCUUUUGCUCGUUGUGGUGAAUACUGGAGAGAAGUGAAAAAAAUGGCAGUUUUGGAACUUUUAAGUGCCAAGCGGGUUCUGUCGUAUCGUGCUGUGAGGGAAAAAGAAACUUCCUUGGUAAUCGAUUUCGUGCGUACAUCUACUUCGUCUUCGGUUCCUAUUAAUCUCAGUGAGAUUUUUGUUUGUCUUAUAAACAACGUAGUUUGCCAAGUUGCUUUUGGUAUGAAGUACGAAGCUGGAAAAGGUUAUGAGGCUGGACAUAAUAAUUUAUACGUGAUGCUUCUAGAAACACAAACUUUGCUUGCUGGAUUCAAUACUGCAGACUUGUUCCCAUGGAUGAGUUGGAUUCACAAGUUUGAUGGAUUAAACACAAGAUUAGAUAAGAACUUCACACAGGCGGAUAAGUUUUAUGAAAAAGUAAUUGAUGAACACAUAAAUAACAACAAAUCAUCCGAAACUGGGGUGGAGGACUUUGUGGAUGUUCUGCUUCGAACUCAGGAAGAUCCUAGCUACAGCAUCACCCUCACUAAAAAUCAUAUUAAAGCGAUUCUUAUGGACACCUUUGUUGCUGGAACUGAUCCUGCUGCUGCGACACUUGUUUGGUCUAUGACAGAAUUAAUUAAGAACUCAACAGUUAUGAAAAGAGCGCAGGAAGAGGUUAGAACAAAAAUCAGAACUAAAGGGACGGUACAAGAAAGUGAUCUUCAUAAACUAAGUUACAUAAAGUUAGUGAUCAAGGAGGCAUUGAGACUUCAUCCUCCUGCACCGUUACUACUUCGGGAAACUAACGAGGCCUGUACGAUCAACGGUUACGACAUUCCACUCAAGACAAAGGUUAUCAUCAAUGGAAAUGCAAUUUCAACGGACCCAAAUUAUUGGAAAAACGCGGAAGAAGAUGCUGUCCUGGUAUGAAUUUUUCGAUGGUGCUAGUUGAACUUGUCCUGGCGAACUUACUGCACUGUUUUGAUUGGAAAUUGCCUUCGGGGAUGAAAGCAGAGGACAUUGACAUGACAGAAGCUUCUGGUCUUACAAUGCACAACGUCGCAAAAGCCUGCUCUGAUACCAUAUUAGAAUACAUGCAUCCAAACUCAAAACCAAUUGGCAAUGAGUGGAGAGGCCCUAAGAGAUUAAAAGCCGCAGGAUCUUAUAUUUCCCAUACAAUGUGGGACUAAUAAUCUCAACAGUCUGUCUGAGGGAUUGUAAAAGGGUGAGAUGUAUUUUUUAAGAGAUUAUCUUACAAACUCAAUCAGUAUCGUAUGAUUUCUUUUUUCUGUUUAGAGCAUAUCUCCAACAGAAGAAUGUUAUUCUGGCUAUUGCGGAGACUUCUUUGGUCCCAUAUGGAGACUGUUAAGUCAUCUCUGCCCCAAACUUGGCUAGCACAUCAUCUCUGGCUUGCUGCAUUUUGCAGAGUGCAAAUUUGUUUGGUUUGAAACAAAUUGGUUUCUAGCCUUGUUGUAUUAUUGUUAUGAAUUAAGGUUGAAAUGGUAGCAUUCUUAGUCA